ACGAGAUCCCGCGAGAUUUCGCUGAGUUAACUUGAGUAAAUGCCACGUCUUCCUCCCGGUAGCAUCAACGUAGACACAGAUAUCGGCGGUUUACCGGACACAUCGCACACAGGACGGAGAGUUACCCAGCGGCCCGACAGCCACCGAUACCUGACACAACCCGGGGAUAAUAUGGGCUGUGUACGUCUGCUGGCACUGACGGUGGUCACAUCUGCAGUACUCCUGUUAGCCUCCCGUUCGACCGUCGCUCACAGCCAUUCCCACGGCGACCAUGGACACGGCCACGGGCACCAUCACCACGGCCACCAUCACCACGGCCACCAUCACCACGGCCACUCCCACGGAGAAGACGAGCCCCACGGAGAAGGCCAGCAGGUGAAGAUGUUCCACGGAGCGAGCAAGUGGAGCGCCGAGGCCAACCUCCCUUCGCAGGAGGAGGAGGAGCACCACGGACACGCCCACGAUCACGGACACGCCCACGAUCACGGACACGAUCACGGACACGCCCACGAUCACGGACACGCCCACGAUCACGGACACGCUCACGAUCACGCCCACGAUCACGGACACGCUCACGGACACGCUCAUCAGGAGGAUGUCGUUCGGGUGCACAAGGAGGAGAGUGGACACGGACACUCACACGGAGCGGAGAGGGUGAAGAGGGACGUGGUGGAGCUCUGGACGCAGGCUAUCGGAGCGACGCUGCUGAUCAGUGCGGCUCCUUUCCUCAUCCUGUUUCUGAUCCCGGUUCAGUCCAACAGCGACCAGCACCAGAACCUGCUCAAGGUCCUGCUCAGCUUCGCCUCAGGCGGACUGCUGGGUGACGCCUUCCUCCACCUCAUACCACACGCUUUGGAGCCGCACUCUCACCAUGGCGAAGAUCACGGACACUCCCACGAAAGUGAAGAGUCACAUGACCACGGUCACUCCCACGGAGCUGCCCACGGUCACAUGAUGUCAGUGGGGCUGUGGGUCCUCGGUGGGAUCAUCGCAUUCCUGGUUGUAGAGAAAUUUGUGCGUCUGCUGAAGGGCGGCCACGGACACGGACACUCCCACGGGCACUCACAUGAUGCUCCCAAGGAAAAGGACAGUGACGGAGAAGAAGAGAAGGAAAAGAAGAAGAAAGAGGAGAAAGGAAGCAAAGCCGAGAAGGUGCCAAAGAAAGAGGAGAAGAAGAGCACAGACAUCAAGGUGUCCGCUUACCUGAAUCUGGCUGCUGACUUCACUCAUAAUUUUACUGACGGCCUGGCGAUCGGAGCGUCGUUCCUGGUUAGUCCAACAGUUGGCGCCGUCACCACCGUCACCAUCCUGCUGCACGAGGUCCCACACGAGAUCGGAGACUUUGCCAUCCUUGUGCAGUCUGGCUGCACCAAAAAAAAGGCCAUGUGUCUACAGCUGCUGACAGCCCUGGGAGCUCUGGCGGGCACAGCUUGCUCCCUAUUGGCCGAGGGCGUGGGCGCCGCGGCGACCGCCUGGAUCCUGCCUUUCACAGCCGGCGGGUUCGUUUACAUCGCCACGGUGACCGUGCUCCCAGAACUGCUGGCGGGCCGCUGCAGUUUCGGCCAGUCCCUAAUGGAGAUCCUGGCGCUGCUGUUCGGAGUGGGCAUGAUGGUGCUGAUCGCCGAGUACGAGUGAGACGCAGCGGAGCGGACAGAAGCUCCUGACAGAGUGAGACAGAGAGGGAAAAGGUCAAAAAGGUUGUAGGUAGAGUUCAAGUGGAUUAUUAAUUGUCAGGGGUUUGUUUUCUUGUUUUUUUUUUUAUUAAUUGUGUUUUGGGACAAACACCCACUGAUGGCGACCGGAUGAUUUUUGUCAUGUGUUUUUUUUUUUUUUUUAGCAGUUCACUGUCACAUCCUUGAUCAGUGUCGAUGUUUCUUUUUUCGGCUUCGUAAAAACUGUUCAGCAGGAGAGACUGAGAGCUGGAAAGAAACAACCUGGUGGUAAAGGUUUUUUUUGUUUUGAGGACUGCGGUGUUGUUCACCGACGGCCUUCAUCACCAACAGGAAGGGGAAAUCUUUCUGUCCACUCGUCCCCAAAAUUCCCUGACCACUUUCACUACAUGGAUCAAUCAGCUACAGUUUUAUUGCAGCUUAAACUGACAGCCAGUCCCUUCCAAAAAGUCAUUUUCUAGCCAUAAGGUAACGCCAGAGUUUCUGUCAUUUUUGCAAGUGGCUGGUCCUUAAAACUUCACUUUAGAGUCGGGUCAUUGAAAGAGCAGAGAAAGCAAUAGUCUGGCUCAGUUGUCCUCCCUACAGUGACCUGCUCUGUGAUACUGUAUGUGUUUAAUGUUCGUUUCCUUUGGAGAUAUUGAAUGUUAAUAUUUUUACAUUCCACAAAAUAAAAGGUAAAUGUUGUGGCUUCUACAGAUGUGCUCAAAACGGCAUGAUGUUUUACUCUCAAACCAUUAAAAUCUUUAUGAAAGGAGAA